GAAACCAGAGUGGGCUGAGAGCUUCCACAGAAAAACUUGAGAGAAAAAAAAAAGGGAAAGAAAAGAGAGUUUUCUUGAGAGAUCUAAACACUCUGAGCGAUUUUGAUUUUCAUCUGCUUUCUUUGAUUUCCCCCCUUCUGUUGAUCCCCGCUUCUCUGAAUCCCUUUCUGUUAAUCAUCUGCUUUCAAAAAGAAUCUGAAUUUUGGGUUUGUUUUUGAAGAUCUAAGGAACAAAUAUGUGUAGAAAGCAAACUUAGAAGGUUUUCUCGAAAGUCAGGUGUUUUCAGAAUCGAGAUCCAGGAAAUUAUUUUGUUUCCUCUGUUUGAUUUUUUCUUUUUUUUUUUGUUCGUAGGAAAAACCAGCUUAUAGGGUGAUUUUUUAUCCCUCAAAGGUUGGAUUUCAGGGGUUUGUAUAUUUUAAAAACCUCUUUGAAUCUGUUUUCAGGAACCUGUUUUCUUAAAUUUUGGUGAGAAACAGGGUUUCUUUCUUUUUCUGUUUCUUUUUCUUUCUCUGAUUUCAAGGUUGUGUUUUUUAAGGUUGUUUUUCAGUUGCAGAAAUGGCGGCUACCAUGGAUUUCUACUGUAGCAGACCAGUUCAACCCGAUCUAUUUGGGGAUGAGUUGAUGGGAGCACUUGAGCCUUUUAUGAAGAGUGCUUCUCCUUCUUCUUCUUCCCCACCUUCUUCUCCUUCUUUCUCCCCUUCUUCUUCCCACCUUUCUUUUUCCCAACCCCCGUCUGGUUUCUUUUCCGACGGUUGCUCCACUUCCAUGACCGCCCAAGGGUUCCAGACCCAUGACCCCUUUUCCGGUCUCCAGCAACCCGGAUCUGCAAUCGGGUUAAACCAACUUAAUCCGGUUCAGAUUGAGCAGAUCCAGGCUCAGUUUCACCCCCAAAACAACUACCAGCAGUUUAUCUAUCCUACUCAAUAUCAAAAUCGGCAGAACAGCGUGCUCAACUUUCUCAGCCCGAAGCCGAUUCCGAUGAAACAAUUCGGGUCGCCUUCGAAACCGGCUAAGCUUUACAGGGGAGUCAGGCAACGUCAUUGGGGCAAGUGGGUCGCGGAGAUCCGGCUACCCAAGAACCGGACCCGCCUCUGGCUGGGCACCUUCGACACCGCCGAGGAAGCUGCCUUGGCCUACGACAAGGCUGCCUACAAACUCAGAGGCGACUUCGCGAGACUCAACUUCCCCCACCUCCGUCACCAUGGAUCCCACAUCGGCGGCGAGUUCGGCGACUACAAGCCUCUCCACUCCUCUGUCGACGCAAAGCUGCAAGCCAUAUGUGAAAACUUGCAGGAGUCGCAGAAACAGGGAAAGAAGAAAUCAAAGGAAGGGGAAAAGAGUAACAGCAGCAAGAAGAAGGCCCAAGUAUCGGAACCUGAACCCGAGGAGAAAGCAGUGAAGGCGGAGAACUCCCCGUCGCCGUCUCCAGUUACGACGGAGAGUGACGGGUCGGCAGGGUCUUCGCCUUUGUCGGAUCUUACAUUCUCGGACGUCAACGACCCACAAUGGGAGAUUGCUUCUUCGGAGAAUUUCAUGUUGCAUAAGUACCCUUCUUACGAGAUCGACUGGGCAUCGAUUCUGUCACAAGUUAAUUAGUAAUCAGUUGUAUUUAGUAUGUAAUUGUUGGGUUAGAGUUAAGGUCAGGGGCCGCCUGCAAUGAAGUUUUUGACAGUUGCAGACGGCGGCGUCAGCGUAGGACUUGUUAAUAUAGUGUAAAAUUUCCGCCGUGGUCAGCUGGGUUUUUUUAGUCACGCUGGACCACGGAGAAAAGUUUGUUAAUUUUGUGUUGUGUUCAUUAGCCUUUGUAAUUGUAGAAUUCCAUUCAUGCUAUAUAUUUCAAGUAUUUUACUUUUCAUAGGAAAACUACAUGAAAUGAAAAUUUUGUUUUGGUAAAAGAAAUUGAAAUCAAUUAGAGUUGUUUUUACUUAUGAUGGAUGGAACAAAUUAGAGUUUGGGAUGCUAGGGAAUCAUAACUCAGAAAGAAUUACGUUUGGAGAUUAAAUUUGGUGGUUCUGGAGGGAUGAUCACUUUCAAACUUAGGGGAUUUAGGGGAUUUUUCUUGUUAUGGACAAGUUAGAACUAUAUAUAUAUUCUUUUAAUGUCCAUGGAGAAAUUAAAACUUGCAAGUUUUA